AUGACCACUCCAUUGACUUCACCUGUGUCCAUACAUGUACAUAAUCCAACCCCCCUUGAGUUUGAUCAAGACUUACUUAUGGAGACUUACUUAUGGCUCCCAGAAAUCCCAGAUAUCCCAGGCAUUCCCACGAUGUGGCUGUUUUUAACUAUGACCUGUUUGCUUUGUGGAAAUUUAAAAGCUGGUGGAUAUUUUAAUUUGGAAGAUGAACUGAAUCCUGAAGUGCUGAUGAAUAUUAGUGAAAUCAUCAUGUACAAUGGCUACCCCAGUGAAGAAUAUGAAGUCACCUCCCCAGAUGGGUACAUACUCAGCAUCAACAGAAUUCCCUAUGGGCGAAGAGAUGCAAAUAACACAGGUCCCCGGCCAAUUGUUUAUUUGCAGCAUGCCUUGUUUACAGACAAUAUUUCCUGGCUGGAAAAUUAUGCCAAUGGUAGUCUCGGAUUCCUUUUAGCAGAUGCAGGGUAUGAUGUAUGGAUGGGAAACAUUCGGGGGAGCACUUGGUCAAGGAGACACAAAACCCUCUCAGCGACUGAAGAGGAAUACUGGGCCUUUAGUUUCGAUGAAAUGGCCAAAUAUGAUCUCCCAGAAAUAAUAGACUUCGUUGUAAAUAAAACUGGUCAGGAGAAGUUGUAUUUCGUUGGACAUUCCCUUGGCACUACAAUAGGAUUUGCAGCAUUUUCCACAAUGCCUGAACUAGCACAAAGAAUCAAAAUGCAAUUUGCCUUGAGUCCUGUGGCGUCAUUAAAAUACCCCACAGGAAUUCUUACUAAAAUUUUACUGUUCUCAAAUUUUGAAAUAAAGAAAAUGAUUGGUACCAAAGGUGUCAUGUUAGGAGAAGAGAAAAAGAAGGCAACUGUUGUUAAACUUUGCAAAAAGAAGAUACUCUAUUCAUUAUGCACUGAAUUAUUGUCCUUAUGGGCUGGAUAUAAUAAGAAAAACUUGAAUAUGAGCCGAGUAGAUGUAUACCUUUCACAUGCUCCCACUGGGGCAUCAGUACAAACCAUUCUGCAUCUAAAACAGCUUUAUGGAACUGAUAAACUUAGAGCCUAUGACUGGGGAAGUGAAGCUGAGAACAUGCAUCACUAUAAUCAGAGUCACCCCCCAUUUUACGACUUGACAACCAUGAAAGUGCCCACUGCAAUUUGGGCUGGGGGACACGAUGUUAUGAUAACCAUAAAGGAUGUGCUCAGAAUCCUCCCUCAAAUCAGGGAUCUCCGCUACUUUGAUUUUUUGCCAGAGUGGAACCAUUUUGAUUUCAUCUGGGGCCUGGACGCUGCAAAACGGGUAUAUAGUAAAAUUAUCGACUUGAUGAAGGCAAACCCUUGA